AGACCAAUCUGUGAAGUGCAAUGUCGGAAAUGAACGGAGAAGCAACGCAGCAAGUAUUCAAUUGCGAAACAUGCAAGAAACCGCGGGAACAUCAAUACUUCUGUAACGCUUGUCAACAUCAGCUGUGUCAACGGAGUGAGUGUCUACGAGCACAUCUUGGAGAAGGACAUGAUGUUGUCCAGUUUGAAAGUAGAGUUCAAUUUAGACAAAAGCAGAUGCAUUAUGAAGUAUGUCAGUCCCACACAGAUAAGGUGCUCAACAUGUUUUGCAGGUCAUGUCAUAAGAAAAUCUGCGAUGGGUGUGUUCGACUUAAUCACAGAGACGUGAAGAAACACUUAGUUGUUGGGAUAAACUAUGUUCUAGCUGACAAAAGAAAAACUUUGACAACGAAUACGAGUAUUCUGAAAUGCAAUGCUAUCCCAAGAUUUGUAAAAGGCAUUCAAUAUUUAGAUGAGGAAAUUGCCGAUUCUGUAGAAGCUUACAAUGUGAAGAGAGAUACAAUUGUCAAAACGUUACAAUUAUGGCAAGAUGAAAUGGGAAGACUGGCCAAUAGACUGUUCACUGACCUGCAAUGUUUACAAGAUUUGCACCUAACACAUCUAAGAGAACAACGGGGGUACCUUGAAAAAACAUUGAUUCAGAUGGGAGACUUGGUUCGAACAAACGAGAAACGCUUACAAUCGCCAUUGGAAAUCAUCGAGCAUGGAGUAGGAGGCAUAGAAAAGUAUCUGGUGUUUCCUGAAAUAAUUACAUAUGAUCCGCCCGAGUUCUCGGUCGGGACACUUUCCACUCUCCUCGAUGCUGUGAGUAAAAAUCAGCGGGUGACGUACUCGCCUCGUUAUAGUGCGUCAUCAGAUAGCCUGUGUGCCAAGUCGUGUGUCUUCAUCGGAGAACUAACUAGGCUUACUGAGAAAAUUCACAAGAAGGAAAAAAUACGGAUAGGAAUUCAGAAUGAAAUGAUUCUUGUCAGUUCAUUUCCAGCAAAUCACAACCGCCGCCAUUUUUCUGACAUAUGUUGUUCAUUCUCUGAUUUUGCUUGGAUUUACGAUCAGACUUCAAGCAAAAUCUUAAAGGUGACAGAAAAUGGAGAUUUGUCGAUAGAGAAGAAGAUUGAAGACAUGAGUUAUAUAACAGCGCAUCGCAAUGGCGAAAUAUUUUUCACAAGUGAGAAAAGCAAGAGUCUGAAUAAAAUGUCAUUUUCGGAAAAUUGUUCACAAACUGUCCAGGUAGUGACCAUGACCGAGUGGAUCCCCUACGGACUCACGUUGACAAAGACAAACGAUAUUUUAAUCUGUGAAAGAAGGCAAUCACGAGGACGAGUCGUGCGAUACAGCACACAAGGUCAUCAGCUGAAGGUCAUCGAAAAAUGCCUAGGGACAUCACUGUUUCAGAGACCAGAGAGGGUCACAGAAAACAAAAAUGGUGACAUUUGUGUAACAGAUACCGAGAUUCCGGGGUCUCUUGUUGUUGUGAAUAAUUUAGGGGAAUUCAAUUUCAGAUAUACCCCCGAUGACCAGUAUCCGGGUUCUACCUACAGACAUCUGCCUUUAUUGUCGGAAUACAAACCAUUUAUUCCAAGUGGAAUAGCCACAGACAGAUAUGGGAAUAUUCUGGUUUCCGAUUCUCAAAAACUAACAAUCCACUUAUUGGACCAAUGGGGACAGUUUGUACAAUUUUUAUCAAGCAAACACGUGAAGGUUCCGACUGCCUUAUCCGUAGAUGACGCGGGAAAAUUGUGGAUAUCUGACGGAAAACUACAAAUUAAGAUAGUAAAAUAUCUUAAUUCCUCCUGAUUUACUUUGCAAGUUUUGUUCAACAUUGUGACAAACACAAACUAAUUAGAAAUAUGUAUAGGGAGUUACAAGUGUUGUGGACUUCAAAACAAAGCUUUGUGGACUUUGAAACAAACAUCAAAGCUAUCAAAGUUACAAAAAAAAAGAAAAAAGACCAGAAUACCAUGUAUUUCCUUAAAUACUUGUCGUAAGAAACACCAUAUGGAUUAUUAACACAAACAUAAUAAUUGUUUGUAAUCCAGAAUUUACAACAAAAAAAGUGGUCUGAAUACUUGUUUAAAAAUUCGCAUUACAAAGGAUAUUUCGUAGUUGGUGUUAAAGUGUAUUAACAUGUAGUUUCUACCGAGGCUUGAUCGAGGAAAAAACACACAAAACACAUUAUUGAAACAUUUGGUUUAGACCAUUUGUAAGUGUUUUCCCUGUGGUAUAUGGAGAAAAUGUUAUCAAUAGAAAGUGAACUAAAGAUUAUGAGUUCAAUUGAAUAGUUUCCCCACACUAUGUUAUUUGUUUUCAGGCGUGUAUGUAUAUAUAGCGUUUUUGAAUGUAUUGAUGUGCAAAUUCUCGUUUAGCUUUAUUUUUGUCCAAUCAAAACAACUGUAAUAAAUAACAUUGGAAUUAUUCUAAUUUAAA